GCAAAUGGCACUGCUUUCCAAUCUCUGGCGAUGGAGUGGGUCCCCAGCUGUAGCGCUUACUCUAUCGAUAUCUGCUAUUCUCUGUGCCACAGCUCUAUGCCCACUCAUUCUAUUUCAAACCCUUUAUGCCCUUUCGCACAUCGAACAACAGCACUGCCCGACCCUCAUCGGAGAACUAUGGAGAAAAGUGGAUGUAGCGAAAGUGGAGUUGCAUAGAAGUAUAAGAGAGAAGAGAGAGCUGGCAUCGUGCUGCUUUGGCCUUCCUGGGCCGAAAGGACAUCCAGGACAUCCAGCUAGGGAUGGUAUAGACGGGAUGCCAGGCCAACCAGGACGAGCUGGUCGUCCUGCUGAUCUGGAUGCUAGGCCAUUGUGCGUCCGUGAAUGCCCUAUCGGUGAACCAGGGAGACGCGGCCCACAGGGAGAAAAAGGUGAACGCGGCAGACGCGGGAGCAACGGAGUGCCAGGGAAACCUGCUCCACCUUCUCCUGCGGGAGAAUGUGGAGAAAUGGGUGAGCAAGGAUUCAGAGGCAUUACUGGACCCCCAGGAGAACCUGGUGAGCCGGGAAAGGUGUUCACAGCAGAUGGACCACCUGGAAAAGUUGGUGAGCCAGGACCGCGAGGUCCAACUGGAGAAAAAGGAAUGAGAGGGCAGGAUGGUGAUGAUGGCCUGGAAGGACAACCUGGAGAACGCGGAUACCCCGGUUUGAAGGGUGAAAAAGGACGGAGAGGCGAAGUAGGACCGCCUGGUCCACCAGGUCCACCAGGACCGAAAUGGCCUUGCGAAACUUGUCCUCCACCUCGGGUAUCGCCGGGAUAUUUCACUACCUCGAAGAAAGUUUAGGAGCAGCUACAGUCUACGCCUAUAUGCAUCGAAAAUGCCAAAACUUUCUAACGUCAAUGCUCACGAAAGUGCAUGUGUCCGC